UCACCAGUUUCUCCUCUUCCCUUUGCCUUCUUCCAAGCUCUCAAAAUCUUAUUGCUUUUGGUUAAUCUCUUGACCCCUCCAUUAUUUCUGCUAACCUUUCUCUCUAGUCACAUCAUUUUCUGAUCUCGGUCUUCAUUGCUUGUUUAUUUCAGAUCAUAGUUUUCAAUUUCAUUUGGAUUCUGCUAACUUCCUCACCGGUGAUAGAAAAAACAAGGCUAUUCUGGUUGAUGGGUUUUUGUUGGUUUCUUGAUUGGUCUAUUCAUAAUCUGAGAAAUGGGUUUUGUGAAUAAGAUGCAGAAAGUGGAUAUUUGCUUUCAGUUUGCAGGUUGAUAGCUGGAGUUCAUUCAGCUAUACAGUGUAGUUUUUGGAAAUCAUUGGUUUGCGUGUGCGAAAAUUAGUUGGGAAAUUUCUUCACGACGUCUUUUGUACUAUGGGUAGAGGUAGAGGAAAAGCAAAGAAACAAAAUGUUAUUGCUGCUCGUGAGGAUACUGGAAGUGGUGAAGAGGAAAGGAUUCUACCAAGCAGGAGAAGAGGAAGGCCACUAAAGACAUUGAAGGAUGAUAUUGAAGAAGGAGAAGUGGCUUUAAAGACAGAAGACGGUGAUGAUGCAAAAGGUCGUGUUUUGAGUAAAGACAUGAAAGACCAAUCUGCCAUAGAGAAUGGAAGGAAAAGGAAGAGGUCGGCUCAGGUUAAAGAAACUAUAAAAUCAGUCAAAGAGGAUAAAAUGAUUGAAACAAAAUCAAGUCUUGAUGACCCGAAAAAGGCUGUUGGAUUCCGACAAAAUGGGAGUAGGCGGAAAAAUAAGCCUCAUCGAGCUGCUGAAGCUGGUGUUGAGUGCAAAUGAGUUCAGUUCUGCUGUUGUGAUGGUUACACACCUUCUUUGCUCACCUCCUUGUUGGUUCACCUAUCAUUCCUUAUACUGUCCUUGUUAUGUGUUUUGCAUUUCUAUAAUUUCUGAGUUCCUUCUUAGCUAGCGGAUGAUUUUGACUGUGAGGUUCCGAUAACAAUGUUUACUUGUUCCGUACUCUUUGCUUCUGUUGCUAGCCAGAGACAUGCUUUCUGUUAGCUGUAAAAAGAAUAUCUCUGACCAACUUCAUUUUUUGAUAUUAGACGAAAUGCCUUCA